AAUUGCAUGCUAGAAACCUUAGACAUCAAAAGGGCGAAGCCGGUGAAGUAUAGCGUACAGAAUAAUUUUUUUUAAAUUAGAGCUGCACAAGGUUUGUGGUGGAAGAAUGGUCAAUGGGAAGAAUAGCUCAGGGUAUUGUGUAGAGAGGGAGAUUCUGGAUGAAGAGAAGCUGGAGAAACUGGCUAGGAGAUUGGACCCCUCACAAACCCACAUUCCUUUCUCUCAUCGCCUGAAAAACUCACUCAGAUGUUCUAUUCCCAGACUGAAGCGUAGAGUGACAGACUGUUUACCUGUGCUUUACUGGUUACCACGUUAUUCCAUCUGGGACUAUGGCAUGCCGGACCUCGUCUCUGGCAUCAGUGUGGGCAUCAUGCACUUGCCACAAGGUAUGGCCUACGCAUUGCUUGCUUCACUGCCACCAGUGUUUGGUCUAUACAGCUCUUUUUAUCCUGCACUCAUUUAUUUCUUCUUCGGGUCUUCCAGACACAUUUCCAUAGGAACAUUUACAAUUCUCAGUGUUAUGGUGGGUGGUGUUACCGAGAGACUGGCUCCUGAUGCCAAUUUUCUCAUCCUUAAUGGCACUAAUGUGACAGAGGAGGUGAACGUCACUGCUAGAGAUCUUUAUAGAUUACAAGUUGCUGCAGCCACUACUGUAUUAGGAGGACUAAUUCAGGUGAUCCUGGGUUUGGCACAGUUUGGGUUUGUGGGUACAUAUCUCUCAGAGCCAUUAGUGAGAGCAUACACCACGGCAGCAGCCGCUCACGCUGUAGUGGCUCAGUUAAAAUACAUCUUAGGAGUGUCUCCAACACGAUUCAGUGGGCCGUUCUCAUUGUUUUAUACACUAGUAGACGUGUGUGCGCAGCUGCCCAAUACCCAUCUGCCCACUCUGCUGGUCAGUGGUGUGUCCCUCAUAAUCCUCAUCAUUGCCAAGGAGCUGAACAAUAGAUACAGAGAGAAACUACCAGUGCCAAUACCAGUGGAGCUCAUUAUUAUUGUGGCAGCUACACUCUUAUCAUUCCAUACUCAUCUAAAUGAUAGCUAUAAAAUUGCAGUAGUUGGAGAUAUCCCAAGUGGGCUUCAGCCUCCCACUAUGCCAAACCACAGUAUUUUUUUUGAUGUGGUAGUGGAUGCCUUUGCCCUAGCUAUAGUGGGAUAUGCCAUUUCCAUCUCUUUGGGCAAAACAUUUGCUCUCAAGCACGGCUACAAAGUGUGCAGCAAUCAGGAGCUGGUGGCUUUGGGUCUCAGUAAUACAGUUGGAGGUUUUUUCCAGUGCUUCUCUGUCUGUGCCUCUAUGUCUCGGAGUCUAAUACAGGAGACCACUGGAGGCAGAACACAGAUGGCAGGUGUGGUUGCAGCUGUAAUAGUGCUAGUGACAACGUUGAAGUUAGGAACACUGUUUCAGCAGUUGCCCAAGGCAGUGCUGUCUGCUAUUGUGUUUGUGAAUCUAAAAAGCAUGUUCAAGCAGUAUGCCGACAUUGUGACACUGUGGCGGAGAAGCAAGACUGAUAUGUUGGUGUGGUUGGUGACUUGGGUGUCCACUGUUCUCUUUAAUAUGGACAUGGGUUUGGCAGCCUCUGUUGGCUUUGCCCUACUUACUGUUAUCUUCAGAACACAACGGCCCCGCUACUCUGUCUUGGGCCAUCUUCCUGGUACUGAGCUUUAUUUGGACAUGGAGACACACCAAGAGGUAAGGGAGGUACCAGGCAUCACCAUAUUCCGCUCUUCAGCCACCAUAUACUUUGCUAAUGCUGAGCUUUACCUGGAAGCCCUCAAGCAAAAGAGUGGCUUGGACAUUACUAAGAUGAUCACUUAUAAGCGCAGACAGGAGGAAAAGCAGAGAAGAAGAGAGAGGAGGGCAGAAAGAAGGGCAUGGAGAGCAGCCAAAAAACAGAAACAAGCUCUCCGAGCAGCCUCUCAGCGCUCCAGAGGGUGUGUCUUUUCAGUCGAAGAAGAUGCAGGACAUUUGAAAGAAAUGUGUGGCAAUAUCCCAGAAGAGGAGUACAGAGACAGAGAAAACGGCACAGUGUUUGUCAUGCCUGAGACCCCACAUAACAGUUGGGUGUACCUAAAGGGCAUUGAUCCUGAAACCACCACACUAGGGUCCAUGUCAGAUCUGCAGGAUGGGGACAUCACGACCCUGGAGUCCAGCAGUGAGGAUACACUGAGCAGGGAUCUGGAAAGGGUUUCCCUAGGCUCAUUGGGAAAAUGGACUUGGGAUAUCCAUUCCAUCAUCCUAGACCUUUCCCCAGCCAACUUUAUCGACACUGUGGCCAUCAAGACUCUGAGAAAUAUAUUCCAUGACUUUGGAGAGAUUGAUAUCAGCAUCUACAUUGCAGGUUGUCAAGUUCCAGUGGUGGAGCAGCUGGAAAAAGGUGGCUUUUUUACUGACAUUUCCAAAGAACGUCUCUUUACUACAGUGCAUGAUGCAGUGCUGUACUGCCUCAAGCACCACGGUGCAGCAACUCUGCCAAGCUACGAAACACCAGUGUGUAUGGGCAGCACCAGACUCUGAGACAUGAACUACAGUGAUGUACACAUCUGCAGCAAUCUGUUCCCCUCUCUCUAUCUCUCUCUCUCUCGCUCACACACAUACACACACACACACAUUGCCUAGCAUAAAAAGACAAUACUUCCUGGUAAAUACUUCGUUAUUACUUGAACAGUGAAGUACAGAUGCUGUAAACAGGGCUGGUCCCUGUAUUUUGAGAAUUAUACAUUCUGUUUAUUAUUAACACUUCUUCAUGUACACGUGUAUGGAUUAUCUGUUUACAGAUAAUUUUUAUGAUAUGUUAGUCAAAAUAAUGCGUAAUAUUGAUUUAAAUUAUUAAAAAAGACUCGUACAUUUUUACAUUUGUAUUUAACUUUAUUAUUUCAAAAAAUUAACAUCUUAAUAUGUUUAAAGAAAAGGACAAACUGCUAACUUUUUUUUUUGUGACAUCGGAAAACAUUGCAACAAUUACAAUAAAUAACAUCAUAAAUUAAUAGCACGGCCUUC